AAGUUAAAAUUACCCAAAAAAUUGGUCAGCGAGGAGCCACUAAAAAAAUAACUAGAUUUGAAAAGAAAAUAGAAGCGGCUUUGGAAUCAAACGAUAAAACUGAAAUAAAUAAGUUAAAAAAACAAUUAAUUGAGUUUAUAAAAAGCAAUAAUGUUUAUUAUCAGGCUAAAAAAGGGGAAGCUCAACAACUAUUGAAGCAAUUAGAAAGUGGUUCAACUAUUAACCAUUCUGACUCUUCUAAAACUUUGCCUUUUUGUGCUCAAAUAGGACUUGGGAUGGGAACAGUUUUGGCAGUGCUAUUUUUUACACUUCUAAUCUGA